ACUCCCUCUACGUUCUAUCGAGACUCAUUUUCGGACUUUGUAUUCUAAUUCUGCUCAGCUUGGCUCACUGACCUGAAAAUUUUCUGCUGGGCGCCUGGGGUAAAAUAAAAGCAACAACAAAAAGCAAGAAAUUCAGCUCAAUAUACGACGUCGACGUAUAAUGCACGAGUAACGUAAAGUGUGGAUGACAAAAUGGCAGAAUUUGACGGCAAAGUGGUGCUAAUAACUGGGGCCAGCUCAGGGAUUGGAGCUGAGACUGCCAUUGAAUUUGCUGCGUCGGGAGCCAGUCUGGCAUUAGUCGGUCGAGAUGAAGAAAGGCUAGAGAAGUCUGCACAGGCUUGCUUGGCAAAGGGCCUUACAAAGGAUAAGGUUCUUACCAUUAAGGCUGAUAUGUGUGUAGAAGAUGACGUGAAGAGGAUCAUGGACUCAACUAUCACACACUUUGGGAAAUUAGAUGUCUUGGUCAAUAAUGCAGGGCGAGGUGCCCCAUCGACCCUAUCCAGUGAAAACCUGAUGGAAAAUUAUGAUCACAUGAUCAAACUCAACGUCAGGUCUGUUCUACAGAUUACCAACCUAGCAGCACCUCACUUGAUCGAAUCUAAAGGUUGUGUGGUUAAUGUUUCCAGUGUUUGUGCAAAGCGAGUGAUGGCUGGUAUGUUGGCUUACAACGUUGCAAAAGCUGCUAUUGACCAGUUUACAAGAUGUACUGCUUUAGAUUUGGCUCCCAAAGGUGUGAGAGUAAAUGCAGUCAACCCUGGUACAAUUAUGACUCCUGCUCAGACGGUGUAUGGAAUGUCUAAUGAGCAAAUCCACGAGCGAGCUAGUAAGGUUCAUCCAAUGGGUCGAGCCGGCGAAGCAAGCGAAGUGGCACCCGCAAUCAAGUUCCUCGCUUCUAACGCAGCAUCCUUCAUCACUGGAGAAACCCUGUCCAUAGAUGGCGGCAGACACGUUUCGUGCGCACGAUAAUUUACUUUGUAAAGGCAUUCAGCAUCCAUGUCUGCUCCUGCCAUCUCAAAGGAUGUUAAUCCCACUUGCAAAGUAUAUCACUAUGGAGCUGCCUUUAUGAUUCAAAAUAUAUUCUAGGAAUAUAAUUCCUACCCAGUGUCAAUCAACUACUCCUUGGUGCAGGUUGUCUUUUGUACUUGAAUUGUAUCAAGAAAUUAGCUCAAAUUUAUUCUAAAUUGAUAUUUUUAUUGAUGUACUCAUAUUUUCCUAUUUUUGAUAUAUCAAAGUACUGUGUACAAGGGAAUAUAGGAAAAGAAAGUUUGUAUUGUCCAUCAUAAUAAUUGAAGUGUAAAACAUUUCAGAAUUUACCUUUUUUUUUUCAUUUUAGAUUGUAGCCAGUCAUUUAUCUUUGUUUGUUAAAACAUAUGUGCCAUGACUUUUAUGACAAUGUAUCCUCUAUUUACUUAUUGAAAUAAAUUAUCUGCAUAAUUUUUCUGAGACUACUUCCUCAGGCCAGUAAGACAAUCAUGUGGUAUUGUUAUUUAAAGGAAAUUUUAGCUUCAAGCAAAUAGUAAUCCUACAAUCAACCACCGACUCAGAUUCAACAUUGGAUGUUAUAGAAUGGUGUGGGAUUGUAGUAGAAAGGAUAUUUACAACUGUAGAAGUGUGAUUUAUCUCAGUAAUUAUGUUGUUCGGCCAUGAAACUUUGGCUCAUUUUAGCCGAAAAAGUUAAGGGCAUAUUUGUCAGUAUGACAUAAACAUCAUUCAAUUUACUUUGACAGUUUCCAAAUGUAUAAGUAACAUAUGAUGAACUUUCCAUUCUUCAUUGAUAUUUAGUUGCGAAAUGUUUAUUUCAUUUUAAGCGUAAGUAACCAGAGGACAUGUUGCUCAAAAUCCCCUCUGAGGGACUUGUGGAUAUUUCAAGAAACCUUUACUUCCAAACUAGCUUAACCCUCCAAAUCAAGCCUAGGUCCUUUGAUUGGAAGCAACGAUUUUGUAGUUGAUUCGCAUUCAUUUGCAACUGAUUUUUUUUUGGCAAAGCCAUAAUAUGCACAUUUUGGGACUUAUGCUUCUUUUUCAAUUGAACGUAAGUUUCUUGCAAUGUCUCAUACAAUGUACUUCAUACUUUAAACUUUGGUGACUGGAAUUACAAACCACUGAGCCAUGCUUCCUCAGAGAAAUUCAAUUGUGGGAAUAUUUCAUUUUUCUUACUAAUACAUUUACUCUUAUCUAUUCAAUUUUGUGAUACAAUCAUUUGGUUGUGGUCAAUUUUGUUGUUAUAUUUCAUUCUUUUCUCAUGAGGAACGUGCUGUUAUAUGUUUCAAAAUCAGUGGUGUAUCUACUUGCAAUCGUUUUCAUUCAAUCAGUUAUAAUACACACUUGCUUAAAUAAGUGAUCCAAUAUAUGCAAAAAUUAAUCAUUGAGAAUGUGAAUUGGAGACAUUGAUAUAUCCAAUAAAGUAUAAUUGAAAUGCA